GAUGGUGGCUUCCUACCUGGUGCACCACAGCUACUGUGCCACGGCUGAAGCCUUUGCCAAAUCCACAGACCAGGCCGUGCACGAGGAGCUGGCCUCCAUCAAAAACCGACAGAAGAUCCAGAAGCUGGUGUUGUCGGGCAGAAUGGGCGAGGCCAUCGAGACCACCCAGCAGCUCUACCCAAACCUCCUGGAGAGGAACCCAGACCUUCUCUUCAUGCUCAAGGUGAGACAGUUCAUAGAGAUGGUGAAUGGGACGGACAGCGAGGUGAGGUGUCUGGGAGGUCGCAGCCCAAAGUCUCAGGACAGUUACCCCGGCUCCCCCCGGCCCUUCAGCAGCCCCAGCCACAAAGCCAGCAGCUCCCAGCCCUACCUCCCAGGGUUCGACAGCAACUGCUGUAAUGGUGUGACGUCUAAUAAGAGCCACAGCUCCUCCCCUCACAGUCACAAGCCCUGCCCCCCAGGCUCUGGCUCCACCCUCCCAGCGUCUGAAGUUAGCCUCAACGGGAGCCGCAGCCAGCAGCCCAUAACCAGUAGCGAUGUGGACAUGGAGGUUGACCACUUCACCAACGGAGUGACAGAAUCGUCCUCCAAUGGUUUCCUCAACGGCAGCUCCAAACACGCCACCGAGCCCGACGACUGUGACGCAGACAUGG